UGUAUGUCGCUGCUUGUAGUUACUGCACAUACUAGCUUUUACCGAUGGCCGACGUUCAAGUACGCACCACUUGUGUCUAUCAGUGCAAUAAACAACGGCUAGCACACACGGACGCAGAUCAAACCCUUCCCGAACAAUUACCACAAUAAAACAAAAAUAUCGCAAUUAGCUACAUCUCCACCCGAUCCUAAUGAAGGAUCUCCGGCCUGACUGACUAGGAGAUGGGAAUACUUAACAUAAUAGACCAGACUUUGCUGGUCCAGGCUAUAUUUAGCCGAAAUGCAGAGGAAGUGAAGUUUUUGUUGCACAAGAAUGAUGAAGUCAAUGCACUGGACCAAGAACGCCGUACCCCCUUACAUGCUGCUGCGUGUUUGGGCGACGUUCACAUUAUGGACCUCCUCAUUAAUUCAGGUGCUAGUAUUAAUGCUAAGGACCAAGGCUGGCUGACACCCCUGCAUCGGGCAGCUGCCUCACGGAACGAAAAGGCCGUGGGGCUGCUUCUGAAGCAGGAUGCGGAGGUCAAUCUGCGAGAUAAGUUUUGGCAGACGCCAUUGCACGUGGCGGCGGCAAACCGGGCCACACGCUGCGCUGAGGCCCUAAUCCCCAAGCUGAGCAGCCUGAACGUAGCAGACCGCUCCGGCAGGACGGCCCUGCACCAUGCAGCACACAGCGGCCAUGUGGAGAUGGUGAAUUUGCUCCUCAACAAAGGGGCGAACUUGAGUGCCAGUGAUAAGAAGGAGAGGCAGCCAAUCCACUGGGCCGCAUACCUCGGGCAUCUGGAGAUCGUGAAGCUACUGGUGUCGCGGAGUGCGGACGCCAUGUGCAGGGACAAGCGAGGUUAUACCCCGCUCCACGCCGCAGCUGCCAGCGGCCAGAUCGAGGUGGUCAAGUACUUGCUGCGGUUGGGGUCAGAGAUUGACGAGCCCAACGCUUUUGGGAACACAGCGCUCCACAUGGCGUGCUACACAGGCCAAGAGGCGGUUGCCAACGAGCUGGUGAACCGAGGCGCCAACGUCAACCAGCCAAACCAGCGCGGCUGCACGCCGCUGCACCUGGCCGCUGUCUCCACCAACGGGGCGCUUUGCCUCGAGCUGCUAGUUAACAACGGUGCUGACGUCAACAUGCAGAGUAAAGAAGGGAAGAGCCCUUUGCACAUGGCUGCUAUUCACGGGCGCUUUACUCGCUCCCAAAUCCUUAUCCAAAACGGUGGGGAGAUCGACUGUGUAGAUAAAUAUGGCAAUACUCCUCUUCACGUUGCUGCUAAGCACGGCCACGAGCUGCUGAUUAGCACCCUGAUGACUAAUGGUGCUGACACGGCCAGGCAAGGGAUUAAUGGGAUGUUUCCGUUGCAUUUGGCUGUGCUCUACGGGUUUUCAGACUGUUGUCGCAAGUUACUCUCCUCAGGUCAGCUGUACAGCAUUGUAUCAUCUCUGAGCAACGAGCACGUGCUAUCAGCCGGUUUUGACAUAAACACCCCAGACAGCUUGGGGAGAACCUGCCUGCACGCCGCUGCCUCUGGAGGAAACGUUGAAUGUCUUAACUUGCUGUUGAGUAGUGGUGCUGACUUGAGUAACAAGGACACAUUGGGAAGAGCUCCUUUGCACUACGCUGCGGCGAAUGGGAGCUACCAGUGCACGGUUGCCCUUGUGAGUGCUGGUGCCGAGGUGAACGAGCUGGACCAGAAGGGCUGCAGCCCCCUGCACUAUGCCGCUGCCUCACAGACCUUCCGCCGAGUGGACAGACAUUACUCAGUUGGACACCAUAGUGAGGAGAGGGCCAAGGAGGCCUUUUUUUGUUUAGAGUAUCUGCUGGAUAAUGGGGCUGACCCAGCUCUGAGGAACACCAAGGGUUAUAGCGCAGUCCACUAUGCAGCAGCCCACGGAAACAAGCAGAACCUGGAGCUGCUCUUGGAGAUGUCGUUCAACUGUUUGGGAGACGUGGAGAGCAGUGUUCCAGUUAGCCCUUUGCACUUAGCCGCAUAUAAUGGUCACUGUGAGGCGUUGGGGGUGUUGUCUGAGACGCUGGUGAGUCUGGAUGUUCGGGACGCGAGGGGGCACACCGCCCUCUACCUGGCAGCGCAGCGGGGACAUGCUCAGUGCGUGGAGGUACUGCUGUCCCACGGAGCCUCCUGCCACCUCAAGGAGCGCCGCCGCAAGUGGACCCCGCUUCAUGUCGCAGCUUCCAACGGCCAAACAGACUGUCUGCUCAUGCUGGUCAACCGAGGAGAGAAGGCUGACGUCGUCGAUAUCGUCGACAUACAGGGACAGACGGCUCUGAUGCUGGCAGCUCUGGGCAGUCACACUGACUGUGUCCACAUCUUGCUGGAGAAGGGAGCCGGGGCUGACACCGCUGACAAGAGAGGCCGCACUGCUCUACACAGAGCUGCGGCGAUGGGCUGUGAGGACUGUGUGUCGGCCCUGCUCGAGCACGGAGCCUCUGCUCUGUGCAGGGAGUCUCGGGGACGCACACCCCUGCACCUGGCCUCCUCCUGUGGCCACAUGGAGCUCCUGCUCAGCCUGCUGCAGGGUGUCACAAGCACCGACCCCCUGGACUCCUUGUUGGACUACCACGGAUACACCCCCGCCCACUGGGCAGCCUACCACGGGCACGAGGACUGUUUGGAUGUUUUACUAGACCACAAACCAUUUAACAUACAGGAAGGAAACCCUUUCACCCCAUUGCACUGUGCUCUAAUAAAUGGCCAUGAUGGUGCUGCUGAACUACUGGUAGAGACCGUCGGAACUCAGAUGGUGAACAUCAGAGAUGCCAAAGGAAGGACCCCGUUGCACGCAGCUGCCUAUUCAGAAAGUGUGGCCGGGCUGCAGCUGGCCCUGGUUCAGGGGGCAGAGGUCAAUGCGGUGGACACAACCGGACACUCCGCAUUGAUGGUUGCCGCCAACAACGGACAGACUGCAGCCGUCGAGGUCCUGCUGCACCAGGCCAAGGCAGACCUGACCCUGCUGGAUGUCAACGAGAACACCGCCCUUCACCUGGCCUGCAGCAAGGCUCAUGAGAUGUGUGCCCUGUUAAUCCUGGGAGAGAUCAGCGACCCCUCCCUCAUCAAUGCAACAAACGGUGCACUGCAAAUGCCCCUUCAUAUCGCUGCGAGGAAUGGUCUGGCUACGGUGGUGCAGGUGCUGCUCAGCCGGGGGGCAGCCGUGAUGGCUGUCGAUGAGGAGGGCCACACCCCGGCCCUGGCUUGUGCCCCUAACAAGGAUGUGGCGGACUGCCUGGCCCUGAUCCUCUCCACCAUGAAGCCUUUCCCUCCCAAAGACGCCAGCGCCGCCGCCUCCUUUGGCCUUAACCUGCUGAAGCACUGUGGCAUCGCCGCCUGCGGGCCCCUGCCCAACGGCAACCUGCGCCACACCUACGCCAAGGACCGUCAUGGCACCAUCGGCCUGGACGGCUGCUUCACCGAGUGAGAUGAACCCCCCCCCCCCCCCAAACCUGCUCCCCCUCAGACCGCCCUACCCUAUGAGCCCCUGUCCCGUUGUAUCUGUAACUAACCGGAUCACCCCUCUUUAAUCCACUAUGAUCCGGGUUACGACCCCCCCCCCCCC